UCCACUCAUCACAAUCUUCAAACUACAGUUAUUCACAUCUCUCCAAACUAAAAACACACAUCAAAAAUCUCUAUAUUCAUUUCUUCCUUAAUGGCCCCUGCAGCAGUAGCGAAACCGAAGGCUCCUAAAGUUGCUAAAGAGAAGAAAGCAGCUGUUGUCAAGAAGCCCCGGGCUCAUCCUCCUUAUGCUGAUAUGAUUAAGGAGGCAAUUGCAUCGCUCAAGGAGAGAACUGGUUCGAGCCAAUAUGCAAUCACGAAGUUCAUCGAAGACAAACAGAAGGACUUAUCGCCGAUGUUCAAGAAGCACAUUAGCCUUCAAUUGAAGAAACUCGUAGCUUCUGGAAGCCUCACCAAGGUCAAAUCGUCGUUCAAGCUCUCGGCUCCGGUUAAAGCGCCUGUUGCCGUUAAAAAGGCGGCGGUAGAGAAGAAGACUGUCGCUGCCAAGCCGAAGAAAGCGGUGGCUGCUAAGCCGAAGAAGGCGGUUGCUGCGAAGCCGAAGAAAGUGGUGGCUGCUAAGCCGAAGAGUGUUGUGAAGCCGAAGGCCAAGGCGGUGGAGAAGAAGCCGAAGGCUGCGAAAGCGAGUGCGUUGGGGAAGAGGAAGGCGGUGGAGAAGGCAGCGCCGGCUAAGAAGGCGGUGAAGAAGGUGAAGAGUUUGAAGUCUCCGGCUAAGAAGGCCAAGAAAUAAGGGAGAGCUUUGUUAGUUUUAUGUUUGAGUUAAGGUUGAAGGGGUAGUAUUGUAAUAUAUAUGAUAUAGUAGCAGGAGGCUUGGGUUUUCAUAGUUUUUAUUUUAUUUAGAUUUUAUUAGGUAUUAUGGAUUUUACUUGAAUUAAUUUAAUAUGGAGUUGUUUGAAUA